ACAUUGUAACAAUGAAUGGAUCAAGGAAUUCCUCAAAAGAAAUGGAGGUUUUGUGGAGCUGCUUUUCGUAAUAUAUGACAGCCCCUGGAUUAAACAUGGAUGUUUUUCAGUGGCCUUUAGGAGUAGCAACAUACAGGAAUUUUCCUGUGGUGGAGGCAAGUUGGUCAAUGCUGCACAAUGAAAGACCCUAUUUAUGUAAUUUCUUAGGAACUAUUUAUGAAAAUUCAUCCAGACAAGCACUAAUGAACAUUUUGAAACAAGAUGAAAUUGAUAAGCUUUGUUGGGUUUCAGUGAGAGAACAGUGGCAGCCCCAAGAAACAAAUGAAAGCCUUAAGAAUUAUCAAAAAGCUUUGCUUCAGAGUGACCUCACAUUGUGCCCAGUAGGAGUAAACACGGAAUGUUAUAGGAUAUAUGAAGCUUGCUCCUAUGGCUCCGUCCCUGUGGUGGAAGAUGUAAUGACAGCUGGCAGCUGUGGAAAUACCUCUGUUUCCCAUAAUGCUCCUCUGCAGUUGCUCAAGUCUAUGGGCGCCCCCUUCAUCUUUAUUAAGAACUGGAAGGAACUUCCUGUUGUUCUAGAAAAAGAAAAAACUAUAAUUUUACAAGAAAAAAUUCAAAGAAGAAAAAUGUUACUUCACUGGUAUCAGCACUUCAAAACAGAGCUAAAAAUGAGAUUUACUAAUAUUUUAGAAAGUUCAUUUUUAAUGAACAAUAAAGGUUAAGUAACUUAGUUUUUUUGA